AUGUCGUCUCGAUCUAUAACCAUCGUGUCCUCUGGACGGAGCACAGGGCUCCACUACACUGGUAACGGGGGGGUGAGGAUGCACGGCACUCAGCUCUCUGCACAGCCCAAACUCCUGCCGGAGGAGGACAGGGAGUCAGGCAUUGGCUCCACCCUUGACCUCUGCAGCACCUCUGAAGGCCAGAACAAACAUGGCAGCAGCAAACCUACAUUUAGGGAGACAGACAGACUCCCAAAACAGAAAGAUAGCUCUCUGCCGAUCACAGCAGUGAGUCAGAACAAGAGCAGGCAGCUCCUUACCAAUCUAUCCAAGAUCCCUCUCCUCCUCAUCCUCUUGUUCCUCUUUGUCUGCUCCUUGGACACGCUGAGCUCUGCUUUCCAGUUAGCAGGGGGUAAAGUAGCAGGGGGCAUUUUCCAGGACAAUGCAGUGCUCUCUAACCCUGUGGCAGGCCUGGUGGUGGGGAUCUUGGUUACGGUGCUGGUCCAGAGCUCAUCCACCUCCACCUCCAUUGUCGUCAGUCUGGUGGCCUCCGGAUGCUAUUAUUGGUGCAUGAUGCAAGCUGCUGAGAGGACCGAGUUCCAUCGGGCCUUCGCCGGGGCAACGAUCCACGACUGCUUCAACUGGCUGUCGGUGCUGGUUCUGCUGCCGCUGGAGGUGGCGGGUGGCCUCAUGUCCCAGCUGUCGUACCUGUUGGUCACCAGCUUCAAGCUUCAACCAGGGAAGGAAGCACCUGAGAUGCUCAAGGUCAUCACCGAGCCAGUCACCAAGUUCAUCAUACAGCUAGACAAGUGUGUGAUCACAGGGAUCGCCAUGGGGAAUGAGGACACGAGGAACAGGAGCCUAGUGAAGGAAUGGUGCCAGACUGACCUUGUUACGCCCACUGGCAAUGUGAGCACUGCACACUGCAGCCCCAGUGGCAUGCCCCGAUCAUCACUGAAGUGUCGGCAUUUAUUUGUGUCCAGCGGCCUGUCGGACCUCACGGUGGGCCUGAUUCUCCUGGCAGGCUCUCUGGCUGUCCUCUGUACCUGUCUGCUGCUGCUGGUUAAACUACUCAAGUCCCUUCUUAAAGGCCAAGUCGCAAAGGUCAUCCAUAAAGUCGUCAACACAGACCUGCCCUAUCCGUGCGGCUGGCUGUCAGGAUACAUGGCCAUGCUUGUGGGUGCAGGGGUGACAUUUGUGGUCCAGAGUAGCUCUGUCUUCACUUCAGCCAUGACUCCUCUAGUAGGUAUUGGUGUGAUCAGCCUGGAGCGGGCCUAUCCUCUCACUCUCGGGUCCAACAUCGGUACCACCGCCACAGCCCUGCUGGCAGCUCUGGCAAGUCCGGGGGAAAAGCUAGCAGCUGCAUGUAGAUUGCUCUGUCACCUCUUCUUCAAUGUCUUUGGUAUCCUGCUGUGGUAUCCUCUUCCCUUCACACGCCUGCCGAUAUUGAUGGCUCGUGUCCUUGGUGAGCGCACUGCCAAGUACCGCUGGUUUGCAGUCGUGUACCUCCUCCUUUGCUUCUUGCUCCUGCCGUCGCUGGUGCUGGGCCUCUCGAUGGCAGGGUGGCGAGUGAUGGCUGGCGUUGGGGCCCCUUUUCUGGGUGUGACUGUCUUCAUAGCCGUGGGAAAUGUGAUUUUAAAAGGGUUACAGCGGUGCAACAGCACUCCACUCUAGUCUAACUGAUCAAACAUUUCAACUGAAUUGUCAGUAUUGAGAUGGAUGGAAAUAAUCACAUUUUGUAAUUGCUUAGAAAUGAACUAAUUUUCUGAUUAUUAAUUGAUUCAUACGGCCUCCCAAAGACAGGCUAAAUAUCAUGAGCUCAGUAUGAGAUUUUCAUCCAAUUGAGCAAGCUCCAUCUGCUGAUGGAUAUCAGUUUUUUUUGUCACCUGAUGACGCGAUCGAUGAAGACAUUAAACUGAAUUAAUGAUGAACGACAUAGACGAAGCAUAUAGUGUAGCAUAAUAACUGUUUUUGCCCACUAGUGGUGCUGGAGCAAUGUUUUUGUGAGAUUGUUCCCAUUUUGUUUCUGCCAAAAAUGUAGCAAUGCGUUAGCAAAGGCAGUGAUGUUAACAUUGAUGUCAAUGACGCAGAAUGGUUUUAAUUUUAAUAUUGUUUGCUUUAACUAAAAAAAUAUAUUUUUUGUGUGCAGAAAAUGGAUUUAGAAAGACGUUUCACUGGAUCAUUUUGCAGAUUUGACAACAUUUGCAGAACAGCCGUGUUCUCCAGUCAGUAACAUGUCCAGUCUUGACUACAAAGUCUUUAUGUUAGAGUGAGUAUAAACCAAAGGAUUCAGCUGUACUGGCUGCAGAGUUCAUUCAUUUUAUGUUCUUUCUUUAUUUUUUCUCCAUGUUUGUGUGUCAAGAAGAGGCGGACAGAAAGGUUGUUGCCCCAAAGUUGAAUGAUAAUGAAUCGUAUGAUGGAGCGUAAACACACAUCAUGUUUAAUUCCCUGUAGUCAAGUGUAUUUGAGCACCUGAAUACACACAGCCACUACACAAGAUUCAAAUGAUCAUAAUAUUAGCUUCUUGAUGUUAUCUACAAAGUAGUGUGUGUGGUGUGUGUCACGACUCAAAAAACAGGACCCAAAAAACAGGACCCAAAAGCACGACUCCAAAGUUCAGGGCAAUCAAAAGGGUUUAUAAAAAACAGAAAAUCACAGCUAUGCUGGAAAAAGACGAACAAAGUACAAAACAAAAUCACAACUAUGCUUGAAAAGUAAUCCAGGACAAACUGUCUCGUUUGGCUCUCUCCGAAGGCGGUCACAUUUUUCUCUCCCUCUCCUCCCCAUGACCUUCCCUGCUUGGCUCCUAUCGUCAUGUCUUGUCUUAUACUUGAGAGACUCUCUCCGCAUCGCUCUUCGAACUAAAAACCAUGGACCGAUCAACUGGUCUCUCAACGCAAUUGACACCAUCUUCUCGACGAGAAGCUCGGGUUCGGGGGAACCUGCCUGUCCUGCCGGGACGGUUGCAGCUGGUUACACGAUGGACGCGUGGGAGAAGUGGCGUGUCGUGUGCCUAGCGGCCCUUUCCGCGGAGGACGUAGAAGACGUCUACCUAUUCAGAACUAUGAUUACAGGAUUUCUGCUGUUUGGAUUUGGCGCUGCCCUGGUUUAUCGGAAAAUUAAGGAAACGGUGACAGCUGUUAAAAGCCCCCUAAGGCUGCCCGAAUGCGCUGGGUAGAGUUGUUGGCACUCAGACUGUGGCAUUAAAUCGCCAGAAUGAUAACAUCGUGGAGAAGCUGACGGUUCUGCAAAUGAAAUUGGAUCGAUUUGAAAACCUAUUGGAAAAUGGGAGGAAAAUGGAGGGAUAGUAGUUGCGCAAAUUGAAUGCAGCUACUGGAAGACCAAACAAUCCCAAUCUUAUCUGCUUUCGGCUCCCUCAACCAGAACGGGCCUUGGCCAUUACUGGAACAACAACUCCCCUGAAGAUCGCUGAAGUGAGAAUCUCUCUCAUUCCCUUCCCCCUAUCCACAGACACCUGUGGUUGUUGUCUCCCCAGGACCUUUCAAGGCUAUCUCCAUGGCAACGACCAUCUUGCGCACUGAGAACUUUGUCUGUUGUGGCCUGGGGGAGGACGACAUACCAGGCCACUCAUACACAAACUUUCAACACACUGAUAUGCAUUCACUACCCUCACCCCCAUCCCACGCCUGCUUCGUACCCCCAGUGUGACAGGACGGGGUCUGUGACUGCCGCUGUAAUGGCUGCUGGACCGGCUGACUGCUUGUCUGUGCUGGUUACCUUCUGCCCCCCAAUGGCUGGGCUUAGAUCACCCAGUCUUUGGCUUACCCCCCCCCUCCUCCUCGUUGCAAGUCAUGUUUAAAAUGUAUGUGCUUAUGUGCUCUCUCCCCUCAUGUUAUGCUGUAAUCUUUCAUCCUUUCUUGCCAUUUCGUUGCCUCUGUACCUGUACUCUAGCAAUGGCAAUAAAUUGAAUCCAAUCCAAUCCAAUCCAAUCCAAAAGACUACAGACAAGAGACAAGACGAUCUGACACAAGACACAGAAUAAACAAAACAUUCUGUGCCAACAAAAAAAGCUGCAACUUUUGAUUGUUUAUUAUGUUUCCAAAUCUCAGCCAGAUGUGAAUUCAUACUUGUUCCUCAUACGUUCAUGCAGGUUCCACACAUACACGCUGUGAUGUCAAACUCAAAAAGAAGUGAUGGAUCACUUUCUAUGACCAUUUUUCAUGGAUAAUUAGUUUCUACUUGGUGGUUUCUAAAAAAUAACCAGAGGAACAGAACUGAAAGAGAUCCAUUAUUUGUUCAACAUGGCCGGUGGCUGUUGUUGAGUGAGCAAUGUGUGGGCCUUUAGGGAACACACGUUUACCAAAGCUGCAGAAAAUGCUUCCCUCAUAUAUCAUUCUUAGUCAUGCGGCCAAAUGAUAUCGGUUUACUUUGACUUCUUUGUCACAAAUCCAGUUGGCUCCUAAUGAAAUGUUCUAUUUAAGCAAUGCCCGUUGAGUUUUAUGUGUUUGCAUUUGUUCUUCUCAUAACUAAGUGGCUGUGCGAGAUGGAGUUUUGAGGAUGCAUUAGAAUGAGAACCUUUGUUUUCAUUCAAGAGAUCCGCAAGCCUGCACAUACUAGUGCAGGGUCAGACCGUGACGGCUGUGUGAGUGAGGCAGAAUUCAUGAAAGUAUGCUGAAGUGCCUUAAGUGGGUGAAUUUUGAGAGGUGUGUAGGCCACCGCGAGUCAGGUAGCUUGUUAAACAGUAACAGAGGAUUUCUCAGUGCAGUUCAGGUCUUCAUAAAAACAAUCAUGUUAAAUGUUGAGAAUUUAGACAGAACUCACACACAGGGACCUCAUUAUCACAAGGUCUUCCUCCACCAUCUAAUUUAAAGUGUUAACUGAUGGCAUAUUAUGACACACAUUGCUGGGUAUUUUUACCUGUGCAAUGAGCAUGCAGACAGAAAGAUGGGGAAGUUAACUCGGGACAUUAUAGAGGGUUCCAUUAUUCAACACAAAAAGGAUAUCAUAAAUGAUGGGGAAAAUAAUCCUACACUUUGUCCUCUCAUAUGAACGAUAGCUUAUUGAAGUAAUUCGAUAUACCAUUCAUGUUUGCAAGUCCAAAAGAGCGAGACAGUUCCAAGGUAGAAUCAACAAUGACCGACAUGUCUCGGGUUCAUCUUCGUGGAAGCCAAACAUGAUCGAUUCUAGAGUCCCUAGAGUUGAUGGGAUGCACAACGGCUUCGGUAAUCAUCUACCACAGCUAUUAUAUCACAGAGCUUCUGGAAGCAUAUCAAAUAUGCCGAUGAGGGCUGAAUCAGCAGCGAUCAUUCUGACAGCCUACUUGAAGGCUCAGAGUUCUCCGCUCCAUUCAGCUGGAUGAUGCCAUGACUUGUUGUACCGGAUCAUGGUCGCUUACUUGGGAACUUUUAAUCUAAAUAAAGUGUUACAAGAUGUCCGUGCUUAAAGUACUUUUGAUUUCUCACAUGGUAAAGGAAACAAUAAUUUCUACCACAAUAAACAUUAUUCCUGACGUUUAAAAGGUUUCAUCACUAAAAUGGUUUAAAAAAGCAUUUAAAUAUUUUGAAAAAGUCUCCAUUAUUAUCUGUGCUGAACUCACAUAAUUACCUCUCGAGCAGCACAGCACAUUUAUAUUGAAUGCAACUGAAAUAGAGGAGAGAGAAAGAAAGAGAAACUAAAGGAGGUUUUUAAGGAAAAACAAGCUCCCUCCUUGCAGGUUAAAAGUGGGUGAUUGAUUUGAAAUAUGUGUGUUAAUAUACUCUCUGUUUUUCUGCAAUUAAUGUGUAUUGACUGGUAGUUAAGGUUGUUUACCAGCAUUGUCAGUGCUACUGAACACCAUGUUAGUGCAGUCAUACUUCACUUCAGCUAUGAGCCUCCAUGUGUAAUUAAUUCUUGUUUGAACAUGAAGUUGAAUACCAUUAUUAUCCUUAUGUUCAGCACUUUGUGAUUUUAAAUAUGCAGAAUUGUGUUAAUGAGAAAAAAUUUCCAAAUGUUUUCAUGAAUAGGUUUGGCUCUAUUCACAAAAAAAGUAGCUUGUACAAUACUGUGGACUGCGGAUAAUAAUAAUAAUAUAAAUAAUAAUGCAGAGUGCAUUAAUACAUACCUUUAAUUCCAAUAUUUGUUCUGUCAGACUCUGACCAGUUGUGUACAAAAUUGUGAACAACCAGAGUGAAAAACAAGAUAUGUUUGACUAUUUGCAUAACAGGAAACAAAAAAUACCAAUGCUUUUAAAGUUAAUAAUAAAAAUAAUAACCUUCAAUCUUAUAUAGCGCUUCUCUAAG